GCAGGAGCUCCCGCAUGAAGAGGCCGAACCUGGCGAGCAAGAACCCGAAGGGCCAUCCUUCCCAGCUGGGAUCUACGUCCUCCUGCGGCCCACCUUUGUGUCGCCUGCGGCUGACAUCUUUGCACCCGAUGAUGACGAGCUCAUCGCCGAGCUCGAGGAGGGUGAGGAGAUCGAAAUUGUCGAAGUUGAGGACUUCCCUGAAGAAGAGCGUGUGCGUGGCAGAAUUCUGGAUCCAGAUGGCUGGGUCACCCUCAUGAACACUGCUACCGGAACAGUUUGGGCAUCCCUUAAG